UUGUCCCGAAACUUCGUGGUGACUUCGUCUUCCCGUCGAAGGAAACGAUCGUCUCAAUACAAAGCAGCAGGACUGAGGCAAGUAAGAGCUCAUUUACGAGUAAGUCUAGCGAUCGAGGCAACUGAAGAACAGAGGUCAAAAGACUCAUCGUUGAAGAAAAGAUGCAUCCUUCAAGCUCGGCUUACGGUGGGUUGAUUCAUGACUACCACCACCAUCACGACCUGAUGCUAGAGUACGACGAAAUGCCUUUCCGGUGUUAUGGGUGCCUGGAGGCAGGGUUCGGUCAUCGAUACACUUGCGUCGAGCAAUGCGGCCAUGUUCUACACAUGGACUGUGCAAAUCCUAAGGCCAUCCUCGCCCAUCCUUUCUUCCCAGACUGCGUCUUCCAUUUUCUGGUUUCUGGCGAGAAGGAUUGCCGUUGUGAUGCGUGCGGAGCAGGCAUCGACGGCUACGUCUACCAUUGUUUUGACAAGGGGAAUAACUUGCACCCGUGCUGCGCCAACCUGAAGCACCGCCUACCUGUGGAAACGGAGGAAGGAACCAUGACACUGGUUCUCCGUCACAAGUCCUCCUCCAAGUGCUACAAGUGCGGCGAGAAGCAUCUGAUUAAAGGUGCAAACAGCUGGAUGUACGUUUCAGAGAGCGAGGAGCACCACUUCCAUGUGUCCUGUGUUAAGAACAACAUGCUAGAAAUUCUGGAUGACUUCAUCCUUGGUGGCAAAGGAGCUGCACCAAAUCUUGAGGCUAAUGAGAUCCGAGCACUGGAUAAGGGGCUGCACAAGCUUUCGGUUGCUCGUAGAAAAUAUAGCGGAAAGAAGGGAAAGUUUGCGAAGCUCAAGAAGAUCGUGAAGAUUGCUAUCACUGUCGUCAUGGCCGCUGUCUUUGGAGACCCGACCGCAUUAAUUGCAGCUGUCAUUGCAAACCUUGUCAUGCAUUGAAAAGGUUAGGGUUACAUAAUAAGUCGCAGAGAGUAUGUAUGUAUGUACGUAUGGUCAGAGUUACAAGUAAAUUCUGGGAGGCAAGGAAUGAUAAGUUUUUGAGAACACUAAGGGAAGCAAUAAACUUGAUAACCUCCAGAAGAGGCAUCAA